UUCAAACAGAACAUGAGAAAAAAGAUUUGAUUCCUACAUUUGAGAACUCACUUUUGUAUGUAAAAACGAGAAGGAUGGCACUUCAGUGAUAGAUCAUAUACUUUGAGAGCAGAAUUCCUGCCAACUUUGGAUAAAACAUAGGCAAUAGUGAGCUAGAUGAUUAUUGGACAAAAUGUAACAUAUUUGCUAAAAUUACAAUGUUAUUCUUCUUUUUUUCCCCAAGAAAACCUGCUUUCCACAAUGCUAGGAAAAUUGCGGAAUAUGAAAGCUCAACAUAUAAUGCAGGUUUCUUCUAAAAAUGGCACCGUUUAUAUGCUUUGGUUUGCCAAUCUAUUACUUGAAGCUAAGUGCUUCAAAUAAUUCGUUCAAAGAUAUUUGAAUCCCCAGACUUCUUACAGAAUAUCAGUUACCCUUCAUUUCAGUCGUAAUAGAAUUCAUCUAUGAGCUUAUUCUUCUGUGUAAGUCCAGAGUUUUAGUUCUCUAAUUUUAUGAAAUGUUUGGCAUAUUUACCCCAAUAACUCUUCAUCAGUUGAUAGAAUUAGGGACUGACAACACUAAUUGUUCUUCUUUUACUUGCGCAGUACCUCUUCUUAUAUGUUUAUUAUUUCAUUGCUGUGCUCAUUAAAUUAUUCUUCCUCUGUGCAGUGCUGUGUAAUUGUUUAAAUUUAACUGUUGCAUGAAGAAGAUUCAUUUUUUGCACCUCCAUUUCAGUUGACAGAGUUGGAAAAAUCCUUGCUGAAAACCUGGGCAGCUAUCACCUCACAGGGUGCUUGUUGUGGAGAAAAUAAGAGGAAGUAGUAUUAGCUGUGUCAGUGGGAACUACUUUCAGUGUUGAAUACAUGACUAAGGAGCUGCAACCAGAACAAAAUGGAGGGCUUGAGUCUACAGGCGAUGACCCUUUCUGAUGGGACAACAGCCUAUGUUCAGCACGAUGCAGGUGAAGAGAAAUUAGUUGAUGGACAAAUGAUUGAACUUGAAGAUGGAUCCACAGCUUUUUUCCAACAAGUAACUCUGCAGAAAGAAUCUAUCACAUUUGAAGAUGGUCAGCCUGUUACACUGGAAGACGGCACCAUGGCUUUUAUACAUCACACUCCCAAAGAGGGUUUUGACCCCAACACCUUGGAGGCCAUCCAGCUGGAAGAUGGAUCCACAGCUUUCAUACACCGUCCUGUUCCCACGACAAUGGAUGGCACCAUCCUGGCAGUGCAAGCAGAUGUGGGGCUGGAGGAAUUGGCAGAGAAGAAAGAUGACCCUUUUGAUUUAGACACCGAUACCACUCUGAAGGAUUACACCAGCAAGGAAGACUUCCAGAAAGAAGAAAUGCAGAGCACUGGAAAUGGACCAAGAACUCCUGAUAAAGCUUAUUGUUGUAGAUACAGUGGGUGUAGCCGCCUCUUUACCACAUCCCACCAUUUGAAGGUUCAUGAACGUGUCCAUACUGGCGAUCGCCCAUACCAGUGUGAUUUUGCAAGCUGUGGGAAAACUUUUGCUACAGGAUAUAGUCUAAAGAGCCAUAUGAGAACCCACACUGGUGAGAAGCCAUACAAGUGCCAAGAAGAUUUAUGCACCAAAGCCUUCAAGACUUCUGGAGAUCUCCAGAAACAUAUUCGAACACAUACUGGUGAGCGGCCCUUCCGGUGCCCCUUUGAAGGCUGUGGCCGCUCUUUCACCACCUCUAACAUACGCAAGGUCCAUAUACGAACACACACAGGAGAGCGACCCUAUAUGUGCUCAGAGCCCAACUGUGGGAGGGGUUUCACUAGUGCCACCAACUACAAAAAUCACAUGAGAAUCCAUACAGGGGAGAAGCCAUAUGCAUGCAUGGUACCAGGCUGUGGAAAAUGCUUCACAGAAUAUUCUAGUCUCUACAAACACCAUGUAGUUCACACACAUUGCAAACCAUACACUUGCAACACCUGUGGCAAAACCUAUCGGCAAACUUCUACUUUGGCAAUGCAUAAACGUACUGUGCACGGGGAGUUGGAUGACAGUGAGCAAGCUCUCUAUGAACAUCAGAUGGAAGAUACCAUAGUGAAUAACAGCAGGCCUCCACUGAAACGUCAAUGUAUUGUUUCUAUGAAGAUGAAAGAUGAAGUGCAGGAAGAUUCCAUGUCAUCGGCAGCAGCUCUGGUUUCUGAGGAUGGUGUAGAGCAAUUGGAAAUGCAACAGAGCCUGGAAAAUACAAUCAACAUGACAACUACCGAAGUUCACCAAGAAGGUGAAACUCUAAAAACAGCUACAUUGAAAAAUGGAUGUUGAGGCUUUAUUUUGAACACUUGACAGGAGUGAAGAGCUAUGUAGAAACAAGUCAUUGGACAGAACAGAUUCUACAAGGGCCCGAAGCUCAGGAGUCAGAUGACUGGGAACUAAAUGCCCAUUGGAGAGAAGUUUAAGAAUUGUUCACUGCUAGUCAGUAGAUAUUGAUAACUGAUAAGAACAGAUGAUGAAGUAACAUUUUUGCUUGACAUUUUUUAAACAAAUGGACCUGUAAUAAGCUUCAAGAAAUCAACUCAUCUGAGAUAGGAUUUGUCUUAUCAUUUGGAACUUUUUCAUUUCUGGUACAUAUUAAUGGAAUGACCACUUCUGGAUUAGAAAACAUUUAAAGUUGGACUUUUAUUGGAUUUCAGCAACAACUUUUAUCAUUUCAGAAUUUUAUAGCUUAUGUGUUUAGUGUUGAAUGUCCAGAAAAGGAACACAGCUACUCCAUAUCCUAGAGCAGUGUUUCUCAACUCAGCAAGUUUAAGAUGGGUGGACCUCAGCUUUCAAAAUUCUAGGAGUUGCAGUCUACACAUCUUAAAGUUGCCAAGGUUGAGAAACACUGUCCUAGAGAAGUAGUAAUAUGAAAGUAAGGAAGUGUCCUCUAGAUAGGAUUAUAAGUGGAAGUUCUAAGGUGUAUAACAAUGGGAACAAGCAAUAGCAUUAUGGAAGCUUUCCUCCUCCCCGCUCCCAAAUAUACCAGAGAUACCUCUAAAUCUUAGCAAGAGUCUAAAUAGACAGGUAAAAAUCUGUACUGAACUUAGGGGGUAUAUUAAAUUGGUUCUGGGUAAUGUUUUAUUUUCUUUCACUCUGAAGAGCUAAUAGAAGAUUUGGAUAUGUAUUUAAUAAAAAGUUGAAAUUG